AAAAGCAAAAAUAGAAGCAGAAUCAACAGCAGUAGGCAGGCAGGCGUCAGGAAAAAAGACGGGAGAAGAAGGCAAGGCAAAUGCCUUGUGUUUAUUUUACCGCAAGAAAAAACUCGCAAAUAAAGUGAGAGCAGCACUUACUCUUACUCUCUUCUGUGGCGGUCUUUAAUUGCUCUGAUCUCGGUUUUUUGGCAUACAUUAAAGCAGAGGCAAAACCAACACCAGUGUCGCGUCUGUGUUUGUGUGUGUUGUGUGUUUAAUUUCUCACUUUUGAUGGUCACGUGGUCAGCCACCAAGUUGGCCUGCCAUCUUGUGCGUGGAGACAAACAACAACAAUCGCUGGAGGCAGCAAGCAGUGGCAGUCCACCCAUAAAGGAUUAUCAUAGCGUAGAGAACAGCAGCUGCCCGAAAAUAAAAUCGAAAAUUGUCUUCUAUUCGAGCGAAGGGAGGAAGCAAAAGGGCAGCGGGAAAAUCUGCAAGCCAAAUCCAACUUAAGUUCACAUCAAAUUAAAAUCAACAAGCGGCGGAACGGAGGAACCCCUCCUAAAAGCAAAAGCAAAGAAGAAUUAUAGAAAUAUAUAUAGAAAGAGAAUCAAGGAGAAGAAAAGAAAAAGGAGGAGCAGCAUAAAAAAGAAGCAAGGCAAAGCCGUGGAAAAUAAAGUGCAAUAAAAGUCAAAUGGCCACGUUAACAAUGUGGAAAAUUUUUAUGGCCCUGCUCUGUGGAAUGGCACUGCCGCUAAUGCCAGUCACAUUAGCGCGCCUGCAUUCCACAACCGGCGUAGGAGGAGGUGGCAUGUCCAGUGGUGUACUAGGUCCUGGCUCUGGAGGAGGAUCCAACGCUGGCGGAUCUACAGGGAAAGAUGCACACGUGAAAACGAAGGACGUCGAUGCUGUCGAGGGUAAAUCAGUGUCGCUUCCUUGCCCCAUUACAGAGCCCCUGGAAAAUGUUUAUAUGGUUUUAUGGUUUCGUGACAAUGCGGGCAUACCGCUCUAUAGCUUUGAUGUUCGCGAUAAGGAGGCACGGGACCAGCCCCGACAUUGGUCAGCGCCGGAGGUUUUUGGCUCACGUGCCAAAUUCCAUUUUGAUUCGCAGCCAGCAACCUUGGAAAUUAAGGAUAUCAAGCGUCAUGAUCAGGGCAUUUACCGAUGUCGUGUGGAUUUUCGCACAAGUCAAACGCAAAGUUUUCGCUUCAAUUUGUCAGUAAUAAUACUUCCGGAGCAGCCAAUCAUCUUGGAUCGUUGGGGCCGACAGCUGAAUGGCUCUCAAUUGGGGCCGAAGCAAGAGGGCGAUGAUAUCGUUAUCACCUGUCGUGUGGUGGGCGGUCGACCCCAGCCGCAGGUCCGUUGGCUCGUGAAUGGACUGCUUGUCGACAAUCAAAACGAGCACAAUUCCGGCGAUGUUAUCGAGAACCGUCUGUUGUGGCCAUCGGUGCAGCGAAACGAUUUGAAUUCCGUAUUCACAUGUCAGGCACUGAAUACGCAAUUAGAUAAGCCCAAGGAGAAGAGCUUCAUACUGGAUAUGCACUUAAAACCACUGGUGGUGCGUAUCCUGGAGCCACCGAGCUCAAUGAUUGCCGAUCGUCGUUAUGAAGUUGCCUGCGAAUCAUCGGGCUCUCGACCGAACGCCAUCAUCACGUGGUACAAGGGAAAACGGCAAUUACGACGCACGAAGGACGACAUAUCAAAGAACUCAACACGCUCAGAGCUGAGCUUUGUGCCGACCACAGACGAUGAUGGAAAAUCGAUAACAUGCCGUGCGGAAAAUCCAAAUGUGAAUGGCCUGUAUUUGGAGACCAUGUGGAAAUUGAAUGUCGUUUAUCCACCUUUGGUCACUCUGCGCCUGGGCUCAACAUUGACACCGGAUGAUAUCAAGGAAGGCGAUGAUGUUUACUUCGAGUGUCACGUACAAUCGAAUCCUCAAUGGCGGAAACUGCUGUGGUUGCAUAAUGGAAUUCAUCUGGAACACAAUACAUCCGCUCGUGUCAUACGCUCCAAUCAGAGUUUGGUCCUGCAGAAGAUCACGAAGCAUUAUGCCGGGAAUUAUGCGUGCAGCGCCAUUAACGAUGAGGGCGAAACGGUCAGCAAUCAGCUGCCGUUGCGUGUGAAAUAUACUCCGAUAUGCAAGCACUCGGACCGUGUGAUAUUAAUUGGCGCCUCCAAGGAUGAGACUGUGGAAGUAAUAUGCGAAAUACAGGCCGAUCCCCCACCGCGAACAUUUCGGUGGAAAUUCAACAACUCGGGCGAAACCCUGGACGUGGGCAGCGAACGUUUCAGCGUUAAUGGAAGUCGCAGCAUUUUAAAGUACACACCAGUCACAGAUCAGGAUUAUGGCACACUGUCCUGCUGGGCCUCGAACGAGGUGGGCACACAGCAACAUCCCUGCCUCUUCCAAGUCGUACUAGCGGCUCUGCCGAAUGCUGUCAGCAAUUGUAGCAUCUUCAACCGCACAGAGCUGAGUGUUGACAUACAAUGCAUACACGGCUAUGACGGCGGCCUGCCUCAAAUAUUUGUACUCGAAAUGUUUUCAACACGCACCGGCAUCACCAGAUUCAAUUUGAGCAACGCGGAGGAGGCUCUCUUCUCGCUGGAGAAUCUGGACACGCUGUCCUCGACGAUGGUGCAGGAGAACAACUCGCUGAGGCUGCGCAUCUACUCGUACAAUCAAAAGGGACGAGGUGCCGCUUAUCUCUUGCCCGAUUUCAUAAUUGGCUCAACAGCUUACAAGACAGACGACGACGUAACACUGACAUUGUCGCCGGUGAUUGUUGGAAGUGUCCUGACCAUCAUAAUUAUUGGUGUUGCCAUCGCGAUACGAAUAUUUGUGGUGACAUUUGUGCACAAUUUGCGGCGCAAUCGUCAUCACGGCAGCAAGGCAACGGCUACCGGUGUCACGGCCCAACCAGGGGAUGUCUUCAAGGGUGGCAACCUGGAGAAACCACGCUGGCAGCAUACGGACAUAAAAACAAAGUCAUCGGAGGAUUUGGUCGAGGACGAACGUGAUCCGGAUGUAAUACCAUCGCAAUAUGUUGGCGGCAGCAGCGCGGGCAGCAGUGGCAGCAAUGCCUCGAACGUUGGCAGCACCACUGCGGGCACCACCACUGGCAGCAGCACAUCCACCGCAGUGGUGGCAACAGCAGCAGCGGCCGCAGCGACAGCAGCCGCAUCAGCAUCAGCAUCUGAUGCCCAUCAGUUCACAUCUUCCACGUCCCUGGGAGGAGGAGGUGUCUCCAAAUGGUCACCCAAUAGCAAUGUGGUGCCCCUAACGACUGCGACGAUGCCGUCCGGCGAUCCGUCGAAUACGACGGUCACCUACAAUCAAAUCAAUGCGCAGCGGGCCCAGCUGCUGGCGGCCGUGGCAGCGGCGGGCGGAGGUUGCAGCAGCACCGUCAUAUCGCCCAGCAGCAGCAUGAUGGGCAGCCUUGGGAGCAAGCCGCCACUGGGACUGGGCGGCACCAUCAUUGGCUCCCCGACGUCGCUCUCCUCGACGGCCACGCUGGCGGCCCACCUGCAGCCGGUGCACAGCAGCGGCGUGGGCACCCUGCCACCUGGACUGGGCUGCGGCGGGGGCUACAUACUGAAUGCGUAUGCCAGCGGGCGGCUGCACCACCCACUGCAGCAAGUGGGUGCAGGAGGGGGCGCCACUCACACGGCCACACUGAGUCGGCAACACCAACAGCAGCAACACCAUAAUCAUCAUCACCAGCACCAGCAGCAGCAGCAGCACCCGCACCAUUCAGGAUCCAGCCUACUCCUGGGCAGCGCCGGCAGCGUGAUGGGCGUUGUAGGACUGGCCAAUAACACAACCUCGAACACAACUACGACCACCUCGUGUAACUCCUCGCAGGACCUGGAUGAUAACAUUAAUAUAAAUGCGAUUAAGGACUGCCUCAUGACGCAGCGCGUGCCAGAGAGUUGUGUGUAAGAGGCUGGGUCAGAGGCAGAAAAAGAGGCGCCUGGUAAUUGUGAGUAUCUU